UUUCCGGAGCGCAACUCCCCCCCCCCCCCUCCUCCCCCCAUCCCUCCCACCAAGAGUCGAUAUUUGUCUUGUGAGUCGACCUGGAAACAAGCACUUCGUGGGCAGCUGUGUUCAUAUUCUGGAACUUUUUUUUGUAUGCCAUAGUUUUGGAGUAAAAGUGUUUUUUUUUCUUCCUCGUCGGGAUGGAGCACGCGAUCAUGUCCCUGGAGAGGGAUCAUUGAUAAAUAGAAAGCAGCCGGGGACACCAGGCAGUAGUCAUUGGCCGGCAGCUGCGAUGCCGCGCAGCUGCAGCCGCCUUGAACCAAGACCGCUGGACAGCAGCCGAAAGCAGGUCACACGUAUCCAAAUAUGCGCGUAAAAGGAGUGCACCGGCGAGGCGUCCCUUGCGUCCCUCACGAGAUAAAGUUGUCGUGAUGUACAAUACUUCGGAAAUUGAGCUCACUUUUAACAAGAGGGAGGACAUUUCCGAAGUCAUCAAUGGCACUCUGCAGCUUCCCAACAGCGUCCUCGUCACCAUCGGUCCCACGGCCAUGUGGAACGAGUCGUGCGGGGAGCAGCUGCAGGAUUUCGGGCACCCGCAGAAGAUCCUGAUCGGGGUGAUGUUGGCGAUCAUCACGGCGGUCACGGUGAUGGGGAACACGCUGGUGGUGAUCGCGGUGUGCGUGGUGAAGAAGCUGAGACAACCUUCUAACUACCUUCUGGUAUCUCUAGCAGUGGCGGACCUUUCGGUGGCAAUAGUUGUGAUGCCUUUCGUAAUAGUGACAGACCUGACCGGGGGCAAGUGGCUUUUUGGAGAGGUAUUCUGCAACAUCUUCAUCGGCAUGGAUGUAAUGUGCUGCACCGCCUCCAUCAUGACCCUGUGCGUGAUCAGCGUCGAUAGGUACCUGGGGAUAACACGGCCCCUCACCUACCCGGCCCGGCAGAACGGUCAGCUGAUGGCCAAGAUGAUCUUGGGAGUGUGGCUGGUGUCAGCAUCCAUCACCCUGCCGCCUUUCUGUGGCUGGGCCCAAAACGUCCACACGGCCGGCGUGUGCCUCAUUAGCCAGGACUUCGGCUACACCAUCUAUUCCACGGCCGUAGCCUUCUACAUCCCGAUGCUGGUCAUGCUGGUCAUGUACUACAAGAUAUUCAAGGCGGCACGCAAGAGCGGCGCCAAGCACCGCUUCACCGACCUUUUACGGCGCGAGCGCCUGGAAACGGUAUCUAACGAGGCGCUGCGAAUGCAGGGCCUCAAGCCGCCCGGCGUGGCGGAGGAGUGCGCGGCCUUGUCCCGCCUGCUGAACCGCGAGCGCAGGAACAUCUCCAUCUUCAAGCGGGAGCAGAAAGCGGCGACGACGCUGGGGGUGAUCGUGGGCGUCUUUUCCGUGUGCUGGCUGCCGUUCUUCAUCCUGUCCACCGCCAGGCCCUUCAUCUGCGGAGUGGAGUGCAGCUGCGUGCCCAUCUGGCUGGAGCGCACGCUGCUCUGGCUGGGCUACGCCAACUCCUUGAUGAACCCCUUCAUCUACGCCUUCUUCAACCGAGACCUGCGCUCCACCUACCGCGACCUUCUCCGCUGCCGCUAUCGCAACAUCAACCGCAGGCUGUCCGCUGUGGGCGUGCACGAGGCUCUGAAGGUCUAGCAGCAGGGUUACUUCGGCUGGAUAUGCAUCGCCCGUAUCGAGCAAAAAGUGCGGUGCGGCGGCCCUGUGCCUGUGUACGCUUGGUGCUGGCGAGGCGACACGUAGCCUACACAGCGGGCCGGUCGAUAGGACUGGCAGAGUGCGGCUCAGUGAUGUUGGCACGCAGAGGGACAAGCACAAUCACUUAGUUUUGAGCGUGACUCACUCAUUCUAUUUCGGGACAGAGAAUCACAGAGCGUACUUGAUGGGCUAUUCAAGUCGACGCUGCUUUUGUGCGUAUGCCACAGGUCCGUCCUGGCACUGGAUUGAUGGAAGGAUAAUGUAGUGAGAAAGAAAAUAACAUGUGAAACACAAGUUACCAUCCCGGGGCUUUCAGAGGGAACAGAAAGUGGGCUGAUUUUUGUAUAUUUACAAAAUUGAACGUUUGUUGUGUUGCACAGUGUCUUUUGAGCAUCUUACUCUGAACACAAAAAGUGAACGCUUUGAUACUUAAGAUUUCAUUGUGCUUUCUGCCAUUAUUUAAUAUUAUUUAUAUCACCUUAUCUCCAGCCAUACUUUUCAAUUUGUUCCUCGCACUAAAUUGAACUAAAUUAAACUAAAUUAAAAAACAGGAGCACCUUAAAUAUCUCACAAAUGUUUAAGAUGUGAUUCCCAUUCAUGAUAUUUCAGUGCUUGUUGCUAAAAGAAAUACACUGAGAGUAGUUUGCUUAGCGUCUGCAUGAAUAAUGUGUCUUACCCGCCACUGUAUACAUAAAUCAUAAGAGAUUAAUUAGAGAUUCUGCAGUAAAUGGCAGAGGCGUUUUUUAUAUCUCACCCAAACCCAAUAUCGCACACCUAAAUUCAAAGUGAACUCAACACUGUACGUGUCAGAAACGAUGAGGGUGGGGACGUCCUCACUCUUGCUAUCUUUGCCUCGAUACGCUUAACCCCCCAUUUGGGAGCCAACAGUAUUGGUCCGUUACAUCGAACUAGACCGUUUGAACUUAGAUUUUUUCACUUGAAUAAAUCCCAUAUUCUCGACUCUCUCCUGCCCCACUGUUUGUCAACAGUGUUUCCGUCUUCAUUUUGAUUCCCAAAGUGGUCAUUUCCUUCCUGACGUCUCUCUCAUCUGAACCUGUGACAAAAGUUGAGCAGUUGCGUGCUUUUUCUACCUCGGUUUUGGAGAUUACUGUACAUUUCCUCCAAACAGAUAUACCGCUGUGUUGUAUCAUUUUGUUAUGAAUUGCUAUUUUAUAUUGUGUAAAUCUGUCUACAAAUGUGCCGUGAUCGCUCUAUUUGACUGCUUUUUUCAUUUUGGAAACAAGCUGGGAAGUGGCUAACCAUGUCAUCACUUUGUAAAUAAAGUAACACUUGGUUCAAAUCUCAGUGCUGAGAGGAAA